CUAAACUCUUCACGAUUUCCCGCGCGCGCACACCAAUGCCAGGCGCUAGAGCGACGUCAAUAUGGGACCUGGCAGGAAACAGGGUGGAGGCUGUUGGACGUGCCGUCUUCGUCGCAAGCGCUGUGACUCAGUUCGCCCCGUUUGUGGAAGUUGUCAGAAUCUUGAGAUCACUUGCCAUUCGGGUGAGGUGAAACCUCCCUGGAUGGACGGAGCUGCCGGGCAAACGCACAUGUCCAAGACGAUCAAGGAGAGAAUCAAGCAGAACGCCUUUCUCCGGAGAGAGAGACGUCUCCUUACCCACGAGGACCAAGGCAUGGUCAUGGCCACUGAAAGAGACUUUGUGUCUCACACUUCGGAUUUACGUGCUCCUGAUAGCACGAGCGCCCCGGUCCUAGAAUGUGUCCCACCCCUAAAUUCAACCCCGUUGACUCUCUCGACUAGCUCGGUAGGACGGACAAAUUUCCAGUUAUCUACUGGUCGCUCUGAUGACUCUCAAGCCCCAUCUACGACCGCCUCUUUGAGAUCCAGCCCGGUCACCCUGCCGACCGGCACCUCACCAGGCUCCUCUUGGUCAACUGGGUUGGCUAUUCCCGUCCAGGUGCAACUCGGAUCCGUUAUGAUCUACCUGGAUUACGUCUUCCCAUUUCUUUUCCCCUUCUAUCGACCAUCGUUGAGUGAGACGGGCCGACAGUGGUUACUCGGUCUUUUAUGUCAGAGCGAAGUCUCUUUCCACGUAGCUGCCAGCCUUAGCGCCUACUUCUUCUCACUUGUCCCCCAAAAUGAUGAGCAAGAGACGCACGAUGACUGUAAGGCUUUGGUUUGGGAUCGGCUAGUCGAACAAAUGGAUAUGGCCGUUACAUCAAUCCAGAAUGAUGUUUCUAUCAUUAGCCGUCAAGGUCCACAGUGCCCACUAUUGGAUAGAACCCGCAUUAUGGAAGCAAUCGCACAACUUCUUAUCGUGGAAGUCACUGUCCGGAGGAACGUGGACUGGACAAUCCAUUUGACUCCGGCCUUGGCCCUCUUUGACGAAAUAUUCAAGAGCCACGGUAUCGAUCAUAUGGAGCCCAGUCUUGCUGUUCUUUUGAGUGCAUUACCCUUGCCAUUUCCGAUGGUAACGCCACACCAGAAGCCGCUUCCAUAUACGGCAGAUCAAUCGGCUUUGGUGUUUUUCGUGUCACUCCUACUUUUCGUUGAUGUUGUUGCAAGCACUUCCCUUGGAAACCCACCUGCCUUGCAAGGUUAUCACCAUAGCCUUUUAUCCGUUUCUAGCGAACGAAAAUGCCCUAUACGGUUGGAAGCUGUCGUAGGUUGCCAAAACUGGGUACUCGUGGCCAUUGGGAACAUUUCAGCUCUUUCUGCAUGGAAGCGUGACGCCAAAAUUAGCGGAAACUUUUCGGUUGUCAACCUUGUUAACCUCGCAGGACCUAUCUCGCAAGCUCUCGAGGAGGGCCUCAUGAGAUUGGAUAUUAGCCCACCCCGUUCCCAGGCAAACAAGACGGGCGCUAGCCGGCUGGAGGGCUACUAUAGUCGGCAUGACAGGGCCAUUGAUCACACCUCUAUCGCAAACGUCACUCGCGUUUGGGCUUACGCAGCAAAGAUUUACCUCUCUGUCAGCCUCUCGGGAUGGCAAAAUAAUUCUACUGAUAUCCAAGCCAACGUCGCCAAGGUCCUGAGCCAAAUGCAGACCAUCGACUCUCCUGCACAAUUACGGAGUCUUUCUUGGCCAACUUGUGUGGCAGGGUGUCUGGCAUUACCAAGUCAAGAACAUCACUUCCGUCGUAUUGUCGCAAACAUGGGUGAGUUGGGCGAAUUUGGCACGGUCCUCAACGCUCUACGUAUCAUGGAAGCGGUUUGGAAUUCCAGGGACACAAUUGAAGGGGAUGUAUGGGAUAUCGCUUCAUCCUUGAACAUUCUUGGCUCAUCUGCACUCCUUAUAUAAAGCUUAGAGACACAUGUACUGAGUUAAUCAAGUAAUUUACCCUAA